CUUACGGGAUGGUCUCAUGUGCAAAGUUAGAGAGUCUAGAGGGAUGACGUGUGUGAAAGGAGCUCUAUCUAAUCACUCCCCCCAUGAGGAGGAAGAGGAGAGGGGCUGAAGUGAAGCCAAAGGAAAGGGGAAGGGCCUGACAUCAACAAGCCAAAACAGCUGCCCCCUUCUCCCCCAUGGAGAGACAGCAAGAGGAGCCGGAUGGAGCGAGAGAGCGAGGGAGAGGGGGAAGACUGGAGUGUCUGUAAAAGUGUGGAGCGGGAGAGAGCGAGACAUUUGAGGGUCUGUAGAGAACGUAGAGACGAAGGUAUUGGCAAGUGGAGAAAGGGGGGAAGGGUAAGAGAGAGGUGGUGAGUGUGUGCUUGCAUGCUUUCAGAGUGAGGAUAGCCAAGGAGCAAGGGACAGGGAAGAGUGUAAGAGGAGAGGUGCUUGGUGACACUUUUUGGAGGGGUUGUAAGAGGAGAGUUGGGGAGGGGGGUGGGAGAAGAAGAGAAAAAAAGUCAUCUGGGGUGGAUUUCAAGGCCGGACAAGCUGUCAGAGAGAAGGGCAAGAGGUGUGAGGAGUCACUGGGGAAGUAGGAGCAUGUUGGAGAGGAAGACGUUAGCUGUCGCAGAAAACAUAAGGAGGCCCUUCACGACAUGAAGCGCUGAGAGGAGGAGAAGAAGAAGAAGAGGAGGAGGAUCAUCUGGAGUAAAGCACUUAAAGUGUGGAAGGGAGCGGAUACGAGUUGAGGAAAGUAUAAAAGAGGUCAAAAGAGGUCUUUCGCAGGAAGUAUGGGGUGCAUUCACAGCAUGAGCGCCGGCAGGAUGAAGACACAUGGAGCUGAUACUGACACAGGAGGAAUCCCCAUAAAGGCAGACCCUGAGGUGCAUCCUGAAAUCCUUCAACUGGCUGAGCUUGUCAAAGCCGGGAGCCAUGCCUUCACAGAGAAGAGCUUCAAGAGGAAACGGAUGUGCGAUGUCUGCAAGCAGAACAUCGACAACCCUGGGGCUUUCUGCAAGGAGUGCAAGGUUGCAGUUCACAAGACAUGUGAAGCCAAGGUGACUCCCACCUGCACCUCAACACCAGACCUGCACGGCUCCACUAAAUCUACAUCUCAGAAGAAGAGAGGCUCCAUACCGAGGAGUAAAAGUGUGGAACAAGUGAUGGAGCACGUGAUGGAGCACCACUACGACUUUGACCUCACCUACAUCACGGAGAGGAUCAUCUCUGUCUUCUUCCUGCCGGACCUGGAGGAGCAGCGCUACCGCAGAAACCUACAGGAAGUGGCCUCCAUGCUGAAAUCCAAGCACCAAGACAAGUUCUUGCUACUGAAUUUAUCAGAGAAGAGACAUGACAUCACCAGACUUAACCCAAAGGUGCAGGACUACGGCUGGCCUGAUGUUCACGCCCCGCCCCUGGACAGAAUCUGUGCUGUUUGUAAAGCCAUGGAGACCUGGCUGACCUCUGACCCCCACAACGUGGUGGUCCUCCACUGCAGGGGAAACAAAGGGAAGACGGGGGUCAUUGUGGCGGCCUACAUGCACUACAGCAAGAUAUCAGCAGGAGCGGACCAGGCUCUCACCACACUAGCAAUGAGAAAGUUCUGUGAGGACAAAGUCUCCUCUUCCCUACAGCCCUCUCAGAACAGGUACAUCUACUACUUUGGCGGGUUGCUGUCAGGUACCAUCAAAAUGAACAGCAGUCCUCUAUUCCUCCACCAGAUCCUCAUUCCAUCACUACCAAACUUCCAGGCGGGAGGAGGUUUUUAUCCAUUCCUGAAAAUCUACCAGUCCUUACAGCUCGUCUACACUUCAGGCAUCUUUGAUCCCCAGAGCUCCAGGGCAAGGAAGCUGUGUGUGACUAUGGAGCCAGCGCUUUUAUUAAAGGGGGACAUUAUGGUGAAGUGCUACGACCGGCGGAGUCGAGCAGCAGAGAGGGAGGUGGUGUUCAGAGUCCAGUUCCACACCUGCACUGUCCACGGAGCCCAGCUGUGGUUUGGCAAGACUGAACUGGACCUGGCCUGCACAGAUGACAGGUUCCCUCCAGACGCUACAGUCGAGUUUAUCUUCUCCAAUGGGCCGGAAAAAAUGAAAGGUCGAGAAUACCGCAAGAAUGACGCCUCCAUCAAAGUGGACUACAACACCUCGGACCCUGUGGUCCGAUGGGAUUCUUAUGAGAACUUCAACCUGCACCACCAAGACAGCAUUGAAAAUAUCUCUCAUACGAGGGGCCCUCUAGACGGCAGCCUGUAUGCCCAGGUGAGGAAGCGCCGCGGGCCGGGCUCGACUGCUUCAGUGCCGUCACCCAACGGAUGCCUCACCAGCAGCCCAACUGUCAAGCCUCAAACUCCCAGCCAGCCCCAGCCUCUCACCUACACCUCUGACUCUAGCCGCUCCUCUGAUCACCAGGAAGACGCCACUCCGUCCAUAAAACGCCCGGAGAGAGAAAACACUGACUGUCCAUCGAGGAAAGGAGACGGGGAAGUUGAGGCAAAAGACAAAAGAAGAGGAAAAGAGAAGGAUAGAGAGACGGCGAUUUUAGAUGACGGAGACCCGCAAAGUCCUGGGGGUUUGAGGCGAGAGCAAUCGUGUUGCGGUCGAGCAAAGUGUGGCGAUGGCGGAUGGGAGAGGGAGCGAGAGCCCUGCCUUUCUGACAGUCAUUGCCUUGGCCGUUGCAACAGCGUCAAAAAGAAUCCAAAAAGCCAAACCCUGCCGGCCUUGCCAUCCAAAUCCCCGCCACCUCAUACAACUCAUAUGGAGCUCUGCCAUCGACACAGUGCCCAUCCUUUGCCAGAGUUACCAUGGGAACGUCCACCGCCACCCCCGCCCCUGCCCUGCCUCCUCAGGCCGUGCUACCCUUACUCCACCCCUGAACACACCCACCCACACAGCCACACCCUCCCAGCCUUAAACAGACUCUGCACUGGGGAAGAGUGUCACCUGCUCCAUUAUUCCAGCCACAAUCCGGCCUCUCAUCUCUCCCAUCAAUCACUGCCCUCUAGCCCCUACAGGGAAAUGUACUUCAGCUCUCCACCACCGUCCUCUGGUUGCCCCUGUCGGGACUGCUCCAGCAGGCGAGAGCACCAAUCAGCCUCAGUUAGAGCAUUCCACCCACUGCACCCCGACCAAUCAGAAAGCCCACACUGGUCCCAAGGAGUACAACGAACAAGAGAGGCGCCUCCGCUGUGGGAAAGUGAAAAUCCAUGGGAGGUGGCGCGAGAGGCAGAGUUCUGGCAGUGCAAAUCAGCCAUGCCGGCGUUUCGCGUCUGCCACUCCACUUUGGAUCAGAGUCCAACCCCGGAGCCUAGGUACGCCAUCGGGCCUCAUCAGGGCUACCCCAGCCCCCAGUCUCUGAUGGAUGUGCGGGAUGGAGCAAGCAGUGGAUACCACACCCCUCCGCAGCCUCGCCACUCCUGUCCCUGCUCUCCUUAUCAGUCCUCCCCAGCCGAGAGCCACGAGAGCCGGGGCUACGCCUCGGGGUACCACUCUGGAUCAGCCUCGCCUUUGCCCGCUAGCAGCCCCUCUCCUGGGAGAGGCAGGCUGCCCGAGACUCCCUCUGGAUCUAGAGAACAGCAGCACGCUGAGCAUCACAAAGGGGAACAGGCCAAGGCUGAUGUGGAGGAUGACAUAUCCCAGGGUUCAGACGGUAAAUCAGACUCUAAUGGACAGUCAAGCACCCCUGGACUGGACUCUGAUCAUGACUACACAAUCAUUGGUAGCAGCAGCCCCACACACACAGAAGACAGUGUAUCUGCUGAUAGCCCUCUUCAAAGCCAAGCAACUUCACCACAUCUGGAGUCCAGCACAAACAGCAGCAAAGCCGUCACACCAGUAUCAAGAGAAACACAAAGCUCCAACAUAUCUAUAAACUCCACAACACCAUCAAGUGAGCAGAGUUUGAGCUCUGACGGAGCAGCCAAGAUCACAGGAAGUGCAGAAGGAUCUAACAAAUUACAGCCUUCAAGCUAUGCCACCGUCAUCAUCACCCCGGUCCAAGUGCAGCUCAAUGGCUCUGCCCUUCCUAGCGAUACCCCAUCUGACAGCAGCAGAAGUGUAUCCAUGAACCCCUCUGCUAGUCUCAGUUCUAGCCCCUCCACCACUUCCCAAAAUUCUCCUAUUGGCUCCCCAGACCUUCAGACUUCUCCUCAGCGCUCUACAGACGCAGCGGGACAAAGACUGACUCCGGAAAGAGACAGCUCAGCCGACACCAAACCACCAUCACCUGUGCCUGACGGAUAUCACACACCAACCUUUCCCUUAGCAUCCUAUUACUACCCAUUACUAAACGUCCCUCACGUACCAUACACUGGGUACACUGCAGUCACCAUCCCCGCCGUCCAGCCACCGCUACCCGAGAAGAAACGUCUUUCGUCCACACCGGGAUACCUAAACGGACACAACUCACUAUACCGGGGCUCCUCAGCUCCUUCCCCCACGCACCACGUUACUUUCUCCCCCUUGGUGGGAGAGCAGAGACGCGGGUCUUCACAACACAACUGUAGGGAGGAAUCAGACAUCAGGGUCAAUGCGAAGUUUGUCCAGGACAGCUCCAAGUACUGGUACAAACCAGGCAUCUCCAGAGACCAAGCCAUCGCUGUUUUGAAGGACAAGGGACCAGGAACUUUCCUCAUCAGAGACAGUAACUCCUUCCAGGGGGCCUACGGCCUGGCCCUCAAGGUGGCCACGCCUCCUCCUAAUGCCAACAUCACCGGCAGCAAAGGGGACCCUCUUGAACAGCUGGUGAGACACUUCCUCAUCGAGACCGGGCCACGGGGAGUGAAGAUCAAGGGCUGUCAGAACGAGUCCUACUUUGGAAGUUUAUCUGCCCUGGUGUACCAGCAUUCAAUCACUCCCAUCUCUCUGCCAUGUGCCCUUCGCGUCCCAGAAAAAGAUCUGGUUGGGGAGCUUCACGAGACGCAGAGUGCAACAAACACCAGCACGGCGGCUGAUCUCCUCAAACAAGGAGCAGCCUGCAACGUGCUCUACCUGAACUCUAUGGAAACCGAGUCGUUGACGGGCCCUGAGGCAAUCUCAAAGGCAACCAAGUGUACUUUGGCCCUCAGUCCACGUCCAGUGGCAACAGUGGUCCACUUCAAAGUGUCUUCUCAGGGCAUCACUCUCACCGACAGCAAAAGAAGACUAUUUUUCAGGAGACACUACCCAAUCAACAGCGUGACUUUCAGCAGUCUCAACCCCAAAGACCAGAGGUGGACUAAUUCUGAUAGCACGUCAAGCAAGAUGUUUGGCUUCGUGGCGAGGCGGACAGGCAGCGCUACGGAGAACGUAUGUCACCUGUUUGCAGAGAUGGACCCCGAGCAACCUGCAGUGGCCAUUGUCAACUUUAUCAACAAAGUCAUGCUGGGACCACAGCUACGCAGAUGAGAGAGGAGGAGAAUCUGAAAACUGGACUAUUGGGGAUCUGGGGAAGAUGUUAAUAUGAUUUUUAAUGAAGUGCGUGUGACUACAUUUUGUUCUUGCAUUAGUGCAGGUGGCACCACUGUGCUCGGCUGUAUGACUGUUUUUAUAACAGAAUCACUGCUCUGUAGCGCAAUGUAUUGUUUAUAUGCCAGUUUACAGAGCAAACAGUUAGAAAAAAAUAGUUUGAUAAGCCAAAGACUGACCUCUGAACUUUGGUAACCUUUGCCAAAUGAGAUUAAAAAAAGAGUUUGGGGUUUUUUUUUUGUUUGUUUUGCUGUUGAUAAAGUUGUUUUAUUUGUAAUUCUGUUUCAAACAGUUCUCAUAAUGUACAACAAACUUCACAAGCUGCGUAAGUGACAAUCCAUGUACCACACUGUUAUUAAAGUUUCUCUACAUCAACAGUUAAAGGUAAAGGAGAAACCGUUAAGAAGUCUUUAAGUAGUAAAAUAUAAGAGCCAUGUUUUAAGGUGUAAAGUGGCAUAAAGUGGACCUUAUGCAAUGUGAGAAAGAGUAAAAGAAGUAAUCUGAGGGUGUCUUUGACUACAAUUUAACUCAGUUGGUUAGAUAUCGGUACAUAUUUUAAAAAAUCUACAUUUUGUUCUCGAUGCAACUAUACUAUUAUAAGUGUAUUUUUGUUGAUGAGUGAUAACCACGGAUGUUGUAGCGUAUUAUGCUAAACCUGCUAAACAAAAUGUUAUGUGGCUAAACUACAUAAGCAAGUAAAAGGGAGGGCAACCUUAAUUAAAACAGAGUAAACAAAUAAGUAAUUUUAAAGAUCGUGGACAGGACCUGAAUAUUUACAACAUUUCUACAGCUGCAAAUAAUAAUAAUUAAAAAAACCUAUGUGGACACUUACUUACUUUGUGAAGUUCAAAAUGUGGUGAGAAAAUAUACAAUGUCUGCAAUGUUGGUGAUGUCAGUAUAAAAAGAGUCGGUACCAGAAAAGUCUUUCCAUAUCACAUAUUAGUCCAUAUUUAACUAACCAAUAUCCACGGCAUGGAGCUUCACUUUAAGCCAAAGACUUCAUUAUUGUGUUAAGAUAUUUUUUAAAGUUGUUUUUUUUUCAAUACAUGUUUGUUGUUUGGUAUUUGUGUGUUUUCUAUAAACUGAUACAUCAUUUAGAUGACUUCAGCACAAUUAUUAUUUUUCAUAAUGGAUUUUUAUGUAAAAAGAAGUAAUAUAUUUUAGGCCUCUGAGAAGAACGGUGUAUGUCAUAUUUGACAGGAAGUUUUAAGUAAUAAAAAUCAAAUCAAAUG